CUGCUCCAGGGACGGCGCUCUUGCCGUGCGGAAGACUCCUCUGUGCCCUGCUCCGUCCCGCUUCCGGCCUACCAUUUUUCCGCUUCCGGUCCGGUACUGGCGUCUUUGCUGAGGGUCACAUUGAGCUUCCAGCGACUUCAGGGGCAUCUUUAGGAGUCAGCACUAUGGCAGAAGACAUCAAGACCAAAAUCAAGAACUACCAGACUGCUCCUUUUGAUAGCCGCUUCCCCAACCAGAACCAGACCAGGAACUGCUGGCAGAACUACCUGGACUUCCACCGCUGUGAGAAGGCAAUGACCGCUAAAGGGGGUGACGUCUCCGUGUGCGAAUGGUACCGGCGUGUGUACAAGUCCCUCUGCCCCAUAUCCUGGGUGUCAGCUUGGGACGACCGCCGGGCAGAAGGCACGUUUCCUGGGAAGAUCUGAACUGGCUCCAUCCCACCUCCUGUCCUCCGUCCUUCUCCCCAGGGUGGUGAAGGGGGACCUAGGUACAUGGUGAUCCCCACCCUGGGAUCCUGAAUCAUGGUUUAACUAAUAAUAAAUGCUCGUUGGAAACAUGUAAGGCUGUGUAUGUGUAAAAGAGCUGGAUGAUGGGGCCAGAAGCUGGGGCGAAAUUAGUACCAUGAUCAGUAAAGGGGACUGAAUUCAGGGUGGGGUUUUUUGUUCUUUAUUUCAGUUUUUCUUUGAAUAAACUUUGACCACCUCUUC